UGUGAAAAGGAAAAGUCUUUGGUUAGGGUGGCCUGGCUCUUUGGUCUUGGGGUGGGCUGGCUUUUCGUGCCCUCGGUUAACCGGAGUUCAGGGUGCCACAGGACUGUUCAAGGACGGUGUAAGGCCCCGAAGCACGCCAACCCAACAGUCCCAGGGCAGCCAAUCACAGCACAGAGAGACCCGGACACCACCGGCUUUGUGGUCUUUCAGACCUCAGCUCUCACCAGCGUGAGUCUUUUGAAAUCCUCUGCCUGGUUGCUGGUCAUGCGACAUGCCAGUGUGCCCUCCCCUUUGGCUGCUGUUUCUUUAUCCUCCUCCCAGAAACUCCUAUCUCCAAAGCCUCUGAAACUCAAGCAGAGCAGGCUGUUCAUCUGGCACUUUCCUAUUUUUUAAGGACUCACCCCCCACCACCACCACACACACACCUGCGGCUUUACAUUUGCUCUAGGUUCCUGUCCUCACCCCAUGUGUUUUAGAUCUCUGCAGACUUAACUCUUCUCCUGCCUUUUUUUUUUUUUUUUUGGCCUGUGGGCAUUGGUGUCCUCAGUCCUGUUGGACCUUCUUGAAAAUUCUCUUUUCUCUUCUGCCUUUUCUUUUCACAUUGGCUCUGUUCCCAUCCCUGCUCCCCCCACUCCCUCUUUAAAAAACAGAGAAUUUAGACACAUUCUAAGCCUCACUAGCAAACUUCUGAGUUUAACAACUAAGAGAAGUUAGGUGAAGGAUUGCUGAGGAGGCAGGAUCUAGCAUGUAAGGGAUAUUUUGAUUUUCCUGAGCAUUCUGCAUGACCUAGUGACCCUUUGGCGUGGGACGGAGAUCUAAGAGUGCUGAGAUGUUGACAGCGAAGCAGAGUUGCUGGAGACGUGGUGAGACAUGAUAUCAAGGUGGGCAUUUAACUCGGCUGAAACCCUGUGUCUCUUGCAGUUUCCCUAGGACCCGGAGCCCACUUGACUUUCUCAGACCACUGCACAUCCUCAUGCAGAGUUUACUGAGGCGCCCGAGGUGACAUGUUCCAACCUUGCCUGGGAGGAAAAGUAUCGAUGUACAACGAGCUGAGCAAGUGUUUGUCCAGGAUGAAAUGAUGUUCUGAGACAUGGAACUUCUAGAGCUAAAACAAGGAGAAUCCUGGAAAACUACAAUGGUUGGUCACCCUACAACAUUCCAGAACCUUCUCCUUGAAGAUUCGCUCCCUCACUCCGUAGUUUUUCUCUUAGAAACUGGAGCAGGACGCCGGUCUCAUAGGAAAAUAUGCAGGUGUUUCUUUCUGGAGUCAUACUUAACCAAAGGAGUAAAUACAACCUCUCCUGUCCAGGGAAGCAUACAGAGUCUCCAGAAGAUGCAGGGCCGUCCAGGACACAAGAUGAAGCUGACCCCUGUGGGCCUUGGAGAAGUGCCAGGUGCAGUGGCUGUCACAAAUGCACCCACAGGCAGCUGGGGACUGAUGAGCUUGCUGUGAGGCCUCUGAGACCGACCCACCUGCCCAGUCCUGUCCUGGGGGGCGGGGGUGCAGUGACGGCAGAUGGGCGUGCCAGCCGCCCGGAUUCCUGAGACCCGCCCUGCAGUGGAUGACGCCCAGGCGGGGAGUCUCCAGAGGUGAGGCCAUUCUUUAAAAACUGGGAGCCAGGAGAGGAGACCCCACAUUCAAGGGGUGCUUUUGGAGGCCAUCUGGAGAAAGCAGAGCAGCAGCACGGAGCGAGGCUGCUUUGCCCUCGCCCAGGUGACGUCCUCUGAGGGGAUUCCCCCAUUGGCUGAAGAUGAGGGCCCUCCUUCUCCUGUGCUUUGGUAAGAGUCCCUUCCCAUGCUGCCAGGCCCUGUUCUAUAGCAGGGAGGGGACAGCCAUGGCUAGGAGGAUAGUGGACCAAAGCGUGAGCAUCAUCUGUCACCCUGUCGUCCUUCAGCUUGGAACACUUGCCUCCUGGGGCUCCCAUGGGGUUUCUCUGCUCCUUUGGGCCUUUGGGAAAGAUGAUUCCCUGCCUCUCUAGAGAGGCUCUCAAGUGUCUUCUUAGUCCUCCCUGGGGUGGCUCGUGGUUCCCCAAGUGCCCUGUCCAGCUAAUUGCCCAGCCUUUCACUCUCUCGCUGGUUCCAGAGCCAUCAUGGCUGGGUUUUACAGUGGACUGCAGCCAGGCACUCACGAAGUGUGGCUGAGUCCACUUUGCAGAUAAAGGAACAGAAAGAACGCCGGCAUCUCCCAGCCUUGCACAAAUGGUGAGCUGCCAGCCCUGCUGUGGCUGCUGGCAGAGGCCAGCCUGCAAGUGAAGGGAUCGAGGAGUGUGUCCUGGUGGCUGAGCCUGUGCCUGUAACUUGAUUCUAAAAAGCCACAUAUGGAGGCCACAUUUCAGGAUCAUCCCAGGGUUUUUGCUGGCCAGCAUUUCUCCUCCUUUCCUUUUUAAAUUAUGGGUUGCAGAACACGAAAUUGGCUUUUUUUACCUAACAACAUCAGGAUUCCAGUCCUUACCACCACCACCGGUGGGAGCAUGCGUGAGGGAAGGGGUCCAGUCUUGGUGAUUUACGCUUCCCUGGGGGAAUACUGGGGUGGUCUGGUGGGCUCUCCUCUGUCUAGGCUAUUCCUCAGCACCCCUGUGAUUUCAGUCUGGCCCGGCCUCCUGUGUGCCCAGCAAGCCUGCUCCCGUGGGGCCUGCUAUCCACCUGUUGGGGACCUGCUCAUCGGGAGGACCCGGUUUCUCCGAGCUUCAUCCACCUGCGGGCUGACCAAGCCUGAGACCUACUGCACCCAGUAUGGUGAGUGGCAGAUGAAAUGCUGCAAGUGUGACUCUAGGUUGCCUCACAAUUACAACAGUCACCGAGUGGAGAAUGUGGUUUCAUCCUCAGGCCCCAUGCGCUGGUGGCAGUCACAGAAUGAUGUGAACCCCGUCUCUCUGCAGUUAGACCUGGACAAGAGGUUCCAGCUUCAAGACAUCAUGAUGGAUUUUAAGGGGCCCAUGCCCGCUGGGAUGCUGAUUGAGCGCUCCUCCGACUUCGGCAACACCUGGCAGGUGUACCAGUACCUGGCUGCCGACUGCACCUCCGCCUUCCCCCGGGUCCGCCAGGGCCAGCCUCAGAGCUGGCAGGAUGUUCGGUGCCAGUCCCUGCCCCAGAGGCCCAACGGGCACCUGGAUGGGGGGAAGGUUCAACUUAACAUUAUGGAUUUAGCAUCUGGGAUUCCGGCCACUCAAAGUCAAAAAAUUCAAGAGCUGGGGGAAAUCACAAACUUGAGAGUUAACUUCACCAGGCUGGCCCCUGUGCCCCAGAGAGGCUACUACCCCCCCAGUGCCUACUACGCCGUGUCCCAGCUGCGUCUGCAAGGCAGCUGCUUCUGCCACGGCCACGCUGACCGCUGCGCCCCGCAGCCCGGAGCCUCGGCCAGCCCCUCCGCCACCGUGCAGGUCCACGAUGUUUGCGUCUGCCAGCACAACACUGCUGGCCCCAAUUGUGAACGCUGUGCACCCUUCCACAGCAAUCGGCCCUGGAGACCCGCAGAUGACCAGGAUCCCCACGAAUGCCAGCGAUGUGACUGCAACGGGCACUCAGAGAGCUGUCACUUCGACCCAGCUGUGUUUGCUGCGAGCCAGGGGACAAACGGAGGCGUGUGUGACAACUGCCGGGACCACACUGAGGGCAAGAACUGUGAGCGGUGUCAGCUGCACUAUUUCCGCAACCGGCGUCCCGGGGCUUCCAUUCAGGAGACCUGUAUCCCCUGCGAGUGUGAUCCCGAUGGGGCAGUGCCGGGGGUUCCCUGUGACCCGGUGACUGGGCAGUGCGUGUGCAAGGAGCACGUGCAGGGGGAGCGCUGUGACCUGUGCAAGCCAGGAUUUACGGGACUCACCUAUGCCAACCCGCAGGGCUGCCACCGCUGUGACUGCAGCCUCCUGGGGUCUCGUCGGGACAUGCCGUGCAAUGAGGAGAGUGGGCAGUGUCUGUGUCUGCCCCACGUGGUGGGCCCCAAAUGUGACCAGUGUGCUCCCUACCACUGGAAGCUGGCCAGCGGUCGGGGCUGUGAACCGUGUGCCUGUGACCCUCACAACUCCCUCGGCCCCCAGUGCAACCAGUUCACGGGGCAGUGCCCCUGUCGAGAAGGGUUUAGUGGCCUGACGUGCAGUGCCGCAGCCAUACGCCAGUGUCCUGACCGGACGUACGGAGAUGCAGGCACAACAUGCCGUGCCUGUGACUGUGACUUCCGGGGAACUGAGGGCCCAGGCUGUGACAAGGCCUCAGGCCGCUGCCUCUGCCGCCCUGGCUUGACCGGACCCCGCUGCGACCAGUGCCAACGAGGUUACUGUGACCUCUACCCGGUGUGCGUGGCCUGCCACCCUUGCUUCCAGAUCUACGAUGCCGAUUUCCGGGGGCAGUCCCUGCGCCUCGGCAGCCUCCGAAAUGUCACCGCCAGCCUACGGCCCGGUCUGGGCCUGGACGAUCCCGGCCUCACCUCCUGGAUCGCCGAUGCAAAGAGCAAGAUGGAGCAGAUCCAAGCAAUCCUCUCCCAUCCCUUGGUCACCGAGCAGGAGGUGUCCCAGGUGGCCAGUGCCAUUUUCUCCAUCAGGCAGACUCUCCAGGGCCUGCAGCCUUAUCUGCCCUUGGAGGAGGAGACCUUGUCCCUCUCGGAAGACCUGAAGAAUCUGGACAGAAUCUUCAAUCACCUCCUCAUUCUUUAUCAGAGCAAGAAGGAACAGUUUGAAAGGAUAAGCGGUGCGAAUCCUUUAGGGGCCUUCCGGGUGCUGACCGCAGCCUACCAGCGGUCCUCCCAGGCUGCUCAGCAGGUCGCCGACGGCUCUCGCCUGCUCUUGCAGUUCAGGAACAGCCGGAGAGAGGCAGAGAGGCUGGAGGGUCAGCUGGGAGGAGGGGCCGGAGUCAGCAGUCCCCAGCUGGUGGCCCUGAGGCUGGAGAUGGCUUCCUUGCCUGAUCUGACACCCACCAUCAACAAGCUCUGCGGGGGCUCCAGGCAGACGGCCUGUACCCCAGGAGCGUGCCCUGGAGAGCUGUGUCCCCGAGACAAUGGCACGGCAUGUGGCCCUCACUGCAGAGGUGCCCUCCCCAGGGCGGGUGGGGCCUUCCGGAUGGCGGGGCAGGUGGCCCAGCAGCUGCAGGGUUUCGACGCCCAGCUCCAGCAGACCCGGCAGAUGAUCAAGGCCGCCGAGAAGGCCGCCUCGAAGGUGCAGUCAGACGCCCAGCGCCUGGAGACCCAGGUGAGUGCCAGCCGCUCCCAGAUGGAGGAAGACGUCAGGCGCAUGCGGCUUUUCAUCCAGCAGGUGCGGGACUUCCUGUCAGGCUCUGACACUGAUGCGGCCACCAUCCAGGAGGUCAGUGAGGCCGUGCUGGCCCUGUGGCUGCCCACAGACUCGGCCACAGUCCUGCGGAAGAUGAACGAGAUCCAGGCCAUUGCUGCCAGGCUACCCAACGUGGACCUGGUGCUGUCUCAGACCAAGAAAGACAUUGCUCGGGCUCAGAGGCUCCAGAUGGAGGCCGAGCAGGCCAGGAGCCGGGCUCAUGCUGUGGAGGGCCAGGUGGAGGACGUGGUGGGGAACCUUCGGCAGGGCGCAGCGGCGCUGCAGGAAGCCCAGGACACCAUGCAAGGCACCAGCCGAUCCCUCCGGCUUAUCCAGGAGAGGGUUGCUGAGGUUCAGCAGGUCCUGGGGCCGGCGGAAGGACUGGUGGCCGGAAUGACCUUGCAGCUGGGUGACUUCCGGGCGCGGAUGGAGGAGCUCAGCCGCAGGGCGAGGCAGCAGCGGGAGCAGGCAGCGUCGGCCCGGCAGCUCACAGAGAGCGCUGAGCAGCGGGCGCUGAGCGCCCAGGAGGGAUUUGAGAGAAUAAAGCAAAAAUAUGCUGAGUUGAAGGACCAGUUGGGUAGGAGCCCCAUGCUGGGGGUUCAGGGCAGCCGGAUCCUGAGCGUCAAGACGGAGGCAGAGGAGCUCUUUGGGGAGACCAUGGAGAUGAUGGACAGGAUGAAAGACAUGGAGUCGGAGCUGCUUCGGGGGAGCCAGGCCAUCAAGCUCCGCUCGGCAGACCUGACGGGGCUGGAGAAGCACGUGGAGCGGAUCCGCGACCACAUCAACGAGCGAGUGCUGUACUAUGCCACCUGUAAGUGACGUGCCGCCGCGCCCCUGGCCCUGCUCCUCGGCCUCUUUCCCAUCGGAGGACGGACUGGCUUGGAGUACUCUCCGGCUCCAGAAGACGUUUCUGCAGCCUAAAAGCACAGCCCGGACCACCCCUGGUGCACAGCUGUUAAGAUUAUUCUGGGCUGCAGCUGAGCCCGAGCUGGUGGGAAACCACGCUGGAGAGACAGAGAGGGUGGAGGCGGGCCAUGCGUGUCCUUACGGGGGGGCUUUCAAGUGGAGGUAUGCCCGGCUGGCCAGCAUCCUGGCCCUUCAUCUUCCAUGGAGGCUGAACCUGGGUGAACACACAGACUUACCAAAAAAUGAUGUACAGAUGAAAAGCCCAAUAAAAAUCUUCGGAAAGAAGUCUAGAGGUUGAAAGAGA